CAAAGUUGAUGAUGUGUGUAUUAAGUAAUAACAUGUUUUACAUUUGUAUAUAUCUAUAAAGUCGGAGUAGAAAAGCAACAUAUUUUGAACACUCUAGACCAUAACCUUUAUAUAAGCUCGUUGUGGUGUUGCUUCUUCAGCAGCAUAGUUACUUCACACAUUCCAUUGACAUUAAUUUUGAGAGUUGAGUAACAUAAAGUAACAGAAAGAUGCCUCUACCUCAGCUUUCAUGAACCGCGUCUCUUAUGUAUGUAGGAGUGUGCAAGAUUCUGUGAAAUUCUAUGAGAAUGUCCUCAGAUUUCUGCUUAUUAAGAAGCCUUCUUCUUUCAAAUUUCAAGGGGCUUGGAGCAAUUAUCAAGGACUUGAGCAAGCAAUGAAAGUGGCUGUUCUCUAUUUGGAUGAUUUUGGUUUUGCAGGGGGAGGAAAGAAUUGCUCAGCGGAAGAAGCUCACUUAAUGAUGAACAAUUUGAUGAUUGAUUUGUUAAAGAUUUCAAUAUGAUAAUUUUCUUGGGAUUAACGUAAUUUCCUUAAUCAUUUUGUACAAAGUUUGUGUGGAAGUAUUUUUUAUCUAAAGAGAGAAUAGGGGAAAGAUAGUGUAAGAGUCAAUCCUAUCAAAUCUCAUUAUUUUGAGCACAAUAGAGAGAUAAGAUGGAAAUCGAUGAGGUCUAUGUCAAAAGUGAAAAUUACUUGAUGAAAUAUUACAUUUCUCAUUUUGUUAAAAAUUUGUAUAGAUCUUUGACCAACCCUAGCUAAUGGAAAAGUUACCGAUAAGACGAAGGAUAAUAGUCACACUACAGCAUCUAGAAUAACACUUCAAUAAAAAAAUCACUCCAUUCCUUUAUAGAACUGUGUAUUUUUUAUACAUAAAAAAUAUUUUUCCCUUCACAAGAAGAUUCAGAUUCUUUAAAUCCAUUUUUUUCAUAGCUUCUGCAAUCAACAUCAACAAGUACGUUGAUGCUUUGAUUUGAAUUUGGCCCCAAAUAUCAAAUAAUUAGAAAAUAGCAGUGAAAGAAACAACAGUCUUUUUCCAGUAAGCUACUGUGGUUAAACACAAAUGCACCACUUAACAGAGCUUGCUCGGGCAAUAGCAAGUAAAAAAUUUAAAGUUCAUUAGGCAUUCGUUGUCACUGCAUGCAAUUUCAGCAUGUUAACAAAGAAAGUGGAAAAACAAAAGUCAACUAGAACUAAGGAUAAAUAGAUUGAAGUUAUCAAGAUCUUAUGAAUGUCUCUAAGAUCCAUAUUUUGGUACAUUCAAAAUCCACCAAAAUGUGGUCACGUCUAUCUAGCUAACUCGAAAGGAAA